UCCUCGGCCAAUUUACCAAAUGCUACAUUCUUUGAAUUGUUGUAGGAUGAUGUCAUUGCUCAGUUGGACAACACUGAGAACCUGUGAGCAAAACUCAAGGCAGGAAACAGGUGACUUCCCUUCCCCUGUGGGGCCUGCCCUGCCGCUAAUUUGCCACAUACUUGGGAGCUGAUCAUAGGCUUUCUGUGUCUUCAAGGAUUAGUUUUAUACAUUGCUUUAUUUAUUAUAUUAUUUUUAAAGUUUGUUUGUGUGUUUGUGUGUUUAUUUAUUGAAAGAGACAGAGCAUCUCAAGCAGGCUCCACACUACCAGCACAGAGUCCGAUACGGGUCUCAGUCUCGCAAAAUGUGAGCUCAUGAUGUGAGCUGAAAUCAAGAGUCAGACACUUAACGACUGAGCCACCCAGACGCCCGCAUUGCUUUAUUUAAAUAUUAGUUAUCGAAGGGCAUCAUUAAGAAGGUGAAAAGACAAACCACAGAAUGGGAGAAAAUAUUUGCAGAUCAUACCUGAUAAGAGCGUUAUAUCCAGGAUAUGCACUCAAUAAUAAAAAGACAGAUAGCCCACUUAAAAAUGGGCAUAAAGGGUCUGAACAGACAGUCCUCCCAAGGAGAUGUAUGAAUGGACAAUAAGCACAUAAAAAGAUACACAACAUCAGGGAAAUGCAAAUGCAUUUCAAAUGCACGACGAGGUGCCAGUUCACACUCCGUUGGAUGGCUGUAAUCAAAAAGACAGUUAAUCACAAGUGUUGGCAAGGAUAUGGAGCAAUUGGAACCCUCAUACACGGAUGGUAGAAAUGUAAAGCGGUACAGUCACUGUUGCAAAACCGUCUAGUGGUGUCUCGAAAGGUUAAACAUAGAGUUAUCAUGUGACCCAGUAUUCCCACUCCUCACUACAUACCCAAGAGAAGUGGGAGCACUGUUCACACAAAAACUCCAAAAAGUGGAAACAACCCAAUUUCUUUCGAUGGAUGGAAGGAUAAACGAAACAUAGUACAUCCAUACACUGGAAUUUUCUUUUGCAAUCAAAAUGAGUGAGGUCGUGAUACAUGCUACAAAACGGAUGGACCUUGACAACAACUACGCUAAAUCAGAAGAGCCAGUCACGAAAGGCCACAUAUUUUCUGAUUCCGUUCUUAGGAAAUGCCCAGAAUAGGCAAAUCCACAGACGCCGGAGGUAGGUGAGUGGUCACAUGGGGCUGGAAGAGUUGGCGGGAAUAGGGUGAUGGGUGUGGGGCUUCUUUUGGCGGCGAGGAAAAUGUCCUAAAAUGGAUCGUGGUCAUUUUGACACAACUCUGUGACAAUCCAAAAGCAUUGAAGGGUCUCUUUACCGUAGGUAAUGUGUGCGGUAUUGAACUGUGUCUGAAUCCAGCUGUUAAAAAUAGUCGUAGAAUACUUAUUAUCAGCCCUUCUACUGGGCACAGUGCUUCUACAUUUGUCAUUGAUAAGGUACCUGCUCACAUGGAGCUUAUGUGAUAGCGGGAGGAGACAAGCCAUAACUCAGUAAUGCAAUGGAGAAAAUAAUUGCAAUUGGGAAUGUGCUGUUGGAAGGCAAAACUCGAUGGUAGAGUAAAAGCGACCGAGGUGGGGAGGAGUCCUGUAGACAGGCUGGUCAAGGAGGCUCACUGAGGAGGACACACUGGAGGCUGAGACCUGAAAGUUAAGAAGAAGCCAACCACCUGGAGGUCUGGGUUGGGACCGGGUCCUUGCAUAGGAGACGGCCAGUGCAGCAUUUCUUAAAGAACAGAAAACUGCUGGUAUAAAAAGAUUCUGGUUAACAAGAAGCAGUUGAACUUGAAGUUGGAGAGGAUGAUCUUAUUAGUUUGUUUUUUUUUUUAAUUUCUUUUUGAGGGAGGGAGAGAGAGAGUGAGUGAGCGAGCAGGGGAGGGGCAGAAAGAGAGGGAGAGAGAGAGAAUCCCCAGCAGGCUCCUUGCUGUCAGCACAGAAGAGCCCAACACGGGGCUCGAACCCGCAAACUGUGAGAUCGUGACCUGAGCUGAACUCAAGAGUUGGACACUUAACGGACUGAGCCAUCCAGGGGCUCCAAGGGGAGAAUGAUCUUAAAGUUUAUUUUGGUGAUGCCAUUUUCCUGUUCAGAAGCCACCAGUAGCUCCCAUUUCCCACUGUGUUGAAACAUACUUCUUCUCUGGGCUUUUUGAAGGCUUUUGAAGAGGUAGGAAAUCCUCUCUCUUUUUGAAGGCACGUCUCAAUGUCCCCUCUUUGCUAUACCUUGCUCUGAAAGUAUAGGUAAAACUUAGGUAUAGUUUGCCCAAAAUACUCCUGGGGAAUUUAAUACAGUUAAGCUUGUUUUUUUCCCCUUGGGGGAUUUCAUUUGCAUUCUGUAGCACAUAGCACGGCGCCUUGUUCUUUAUAAGUAACGAUUAAAUAUCAGUUGAGUCCCAACGUAUUUUAUAGACAUGCAAUGUAUAUAAAGUGAACAAUAAAUCUGAAUAUUGGAGAAAAAUUGCAAAAGAAUUCUACCACCCCGUGAAUCAAGAAGGCUAACAAUGCAUCUUGUAUACCGUAAAGGAGUGUGUGGAAAGAGCAGUGAUCUAGGAUUGAUGAGUCAUUUUGUGUGUGAAUCCUAAAGUCCAGCACUUCCUGGGAACCAGCCUAACCCUUAUCUUUAAGUGUUUCAGCCCUCAGCAUCACCAGCAGGGUCAUUCCUUCUGGCUUUGACUUCCAUGGAAAUUCUUCACACGAGAGUCAGAGUAUACAGUGUGACAUUAUCCGUGAGCUAAGUCCCAGAUCAUCCUAGGGUCCGGAUGGUUUCUCCAUGGAUCCUGGAGAACCUCAGGCACCCUGCUGGCUGUAAUCAUCUUCUUGGGGUGGCAGUGGACUCCUGUGUCCGUUGGAGCAGUGGGAAUGGCACCGAGAGGUCCCGCAGCGAAAAAAAGUGGUCAGUAGGAAGAGACCGCUUCAGAUCCCAGAUCGGAGCCCUGAAGGACUACUACCAUUUCUAUCAUAGCAGGACGAUUAAAAGGUCAGUUCUCUCGAGCAGAGGAACCCACAGUUUCAUUUCAAUGGAACCAAAGGUGGAGUGGAUCCAACAGCAAGUGGUAAAAAGACGGACAAAGAGGGAUUAUGACUUCAGCCGUGCCCAGCCGACUUACUUCAAUGAUCCCAAGUGGCCGAGCAUGUGGUAUAUGCACUGCAGCGACAACACGCAUCCCUGCCAAUCAGACAUGAAUAUCGAAGGAGCCUGGAAGAGAGGCUACACGGGAAAGAACAUCGUGGUGACCAUCUUGGACGAUGGCAUCGAGAGAACCCAUCCGGACCUGCUGCAGAACUAUGAUGCCCUGGCGAGUUGUGACGUGAACGGGAAUGAUCUGGACCCAAUGCCUCGUUACGAUGCCAGCAACGAGAACAAGCAUGGGACCCGCUGUGCUGGAGAAGUGGCAGCCGCAGCAAACAACUCUCACUGCACAGUCGGAAUUGCUUUCAAUGCCAAGAUCGGAGGGGUUCGGAUGCUGGAUGGAGAUGUCACAGACAUGGUUGAAGCGAAAUCGGUUAGCUUCAAUCCCCAGCACGUGCAUAUCUACAGUGCCAGCUGGGGCCCGGAUGAUGAUGGCAAGACCGUGGACGGACCGGCUCCACUCACCCGGCAAGCCUUUGAAAACGGCGUUAGAAUGGGGCGGAGAGGCCUCGGCUCUGUUUUUGUCUGGGCCUCAGGAAAUGGUGGAAGGAGCAAAGACCACUGUUCCUGUGACGGCUACACCAACAGCAUCUACACAAUCUCCAUCAGCAGCACAGCUGAGAGUGGGAAGAAGCCUUGGUACCUGGAAGAGUGUUCGUCCACGUUGGCCACCACCUACAGCAGUGGAGAGUCCUACGAUAAGAAAAUAAUUACCACAGAUCUGAGGCAACGCUGUACAGACAACCACACCGGGACCUCGGCCUCGGCCCCCAUGGCUGCGGGCAUCAUCGCCCUCGCCCUGGAAGCCAAUCCGUUUCUGACCUGGAGAGACGUGCAGCAUGUUAUUGUCAGGACUUCCCGUGCAGGACAUUUGAACGCUAAUGACUGGAAAACCAAUGCUGCGGGUUUUAAGGUGAGCCAUCUCUACGGAUUUGGACUGAUGGACGCAGAAGCCAUGGUGAUGGAAGCCGAGAAGUGGACCACUGUUCCCCAGCAGCACGUGUGUGUGGAGAGCACAGACCGACAAAUCAAGACAAUUCGCCCCAACAGCGCCGUGCGCUCCAUCUACAAAGCUUCGGGGUGUUCCGAUAACCCCAACCACCACGUCAACUACUUGGAGCACGUAGUUGUGCGCAUAACCAUCACUCACCCGAGGAGGGGAGACCUGGCCAUCUACCUGACCUCGCCCUCGGGAACCAGGUCCCAGCUUUUGGCCAACAGGCUUUUUGAUCAUUCCAUGGAAGGAUUUAAAAACUGGGAGUUCAUGACCAUUCAUUGCUGGGGAGAACGAGCCACCGGUGACUGGAUCCUUGAAGUUUACGAUACUCCCUCCCAGCUGAGGAACUUCAAGACCCCAGGGAAGUUGAAAGAAUGGUCUUUGGUCCUCUAUGGCACCUCCGUGCAGCCCUACUCCCCAACGAACGAGUUUCCUAAGGUAGAACGUGUCCGUUAUACCCGAGUCGAAGACCCCACCGAGGACUAUGGUACGGAGGAUUAUGCAGGUCCCUGCGACCCUGAGUGCAGUGAGGUUGGCUGUGACGGCCCCGGCCCGGACCACUGCAGUGACUGCUUGCAUUACUACUACAAGCUGAAAAACAACACCAGGAUCUGUGUCUCCAGCUGCCCCCCUGGCCACUACCAUGCUGACAAGAAGCGAUGCAGGAAGUGUGCCCCCAACUGUGAGUCCUGCUUUGGGAGCCAUGGUGACCAGUGUCUGUCCUGUAAAUAUGGAUACUUCCUCAACGAAGAAAUCAACAGCUGUGUUACCCACUGCCCCGAUGGCUCAUACCAGGACACCAAGAAAAGUCUUUGCCGGAAAUGCAGUGAAAAUUGCAAGACAUGUACAGAAUUUCACAAUUGCACAGAAUGCAGGGAUGGGUUAAGCCUGCAGGGAUCACAGUGUUCCAUCACCUGUGAAGACGGGCAGUACUUCAAUGGCCAGGACUGUCAGCCGUGUCACCGCUUCUGUGCCACCUGUGCAGGGGCGGGCGCUACCGGGUGUAUUAACUGCACCGAGGGCUACUUCAUGGAGGACGGGAGAUGCGUGCAGGCCUGUAGCACCAGCUAUUACUUGGACCACUCUUCAGAGCACGGAUACAAAUCCUGCAAGAAAUGUGAUGCCAGCUGUCUGACAUGCAAUGGUCCGGGGUUCAAGAACUGUACCAGCUGCCCCAGUGGGUAUCUCUUAGACCUAGGGACGUGUCAGAUGGGAGCCAUCUGCAAGGACGGAGAAUACAUCGAUGAGCAUGGCCACUGCCAGAUCUGUGACGCCUCGUGUGCCAAGUGCUGGGGGCCCACUCAGGAAGACUGCACUGGCUGCCCUGUCACAAGGAUUUUUGACAAUGGCCACUGCGUUUUCAAAUGUCCCUCAGGGAAAUUUGAAUUUCAGAACCAAUGCCAUUUGUGCCAUUACACCUGCCAAGAAUGCCAAGGAAAUGAGCCUUCCAACUGCACUUCCUGUGGAGUAGAUAAGCAUGGCCAGGAGCGCUUCCUGUAUCAGGGGGGAUGUUGGGAGCGCUGCCCAGUAGGCUACUACCCUGCUGAGGGGCACACCUGCCUGCCCUGCCCUGACAACUGUGAGCUUUGCCACAACGCACGCAUCUGUGUACGAUGCACGGGAGGCUACUUCCUAGUGCCCACCAACCAUACUUGCCAGAAGUCGGCGUGUGGACAAGGUGAAGUCCAAGACCCAGACUAUGGAGAGUGUGUGCCUUGUGAAGAAGGAUGCCUGGGAUGCAACUUGGGUGAUCCAGGAGCCUGUGCUUCAUGCGGUAUGGGGUAUUACAUGUUUCAGCACCACUGUCAUAAAACGUGUCCCGAGAGGACCUACGGCGAAGGAUCUGAAUGUAAACCGUGUGACACGAACUGCAGCAACUGUGACCAGCAGGAGUGCUACUCGUGUGAAGAGGGCUUCUUUCUCCUGGGCGGCACGUGUGUGCGCAAAUGUGGCCCCGGCUUCUACGGCGACCCGGAGACGGGAGAAUGUGAGCCCUGCCACUGGGCCUGUGAAACCUGCACCGGCUUUGGCCACCAGCAGUGUCGCACGUGCCGAGAAGGACUGCAGCUGCGGCAGGGGACGUGUGUGGGUCCCGCCCAGACCCCGGUGGAAGGCGAAUUCUGGAACGAACCUGCACCCACUGCAAACCCAUCUUUGGUGAAGACCUGGCCACAGAAACGACGGCGGAAGUUUCCAAUCAAAAGAGACAUUUUGAGAGGACACCAGCCUUGUCAUCCUUCUUGUGAAACCUGCAAUGAAUCGGCGACCCUGUGCACUUCGUGUCCAAAAGGCACGUAUCUGUUGGCCCAGGCCUGUGUCUCCUCGUGUCCCGAAGGCACAUGGCCCUCGGUGACGAGUGGCAGCUGCGAGAACUGUCCGGAGGACUGUGCCUCCUGCUCUGGAGCCAAUCUUUGCGGAAAGUGCCGGACUCGGCCAGACUUCCCUCUCUUCCUCCAUGAAGGCAGGUGCUACACCAGAUGUCCUGAGGGCUUCUACGCAGAAGACAGCGCAUGUAGGCGCUGCAGCGCCCCCUGCGGAACAUGUGAAGGAAAUGCCACCAGCUGCCGCUCUUGCCGAGGAGGCUUCGUCUUGGACCAGGGAGCAUGCCGGGAAACCUGCCCCGAGAGGCACGUGGCCAUGGACGGGGUGUGCAAGCCUUGCCCCAAGAUGUGUCAGGACUGCAUCCAUGAGCAAACAUGCAAAGAGUGUAUGCCUGAGUCUGUCCUGUACAAGGACAUGUGCCAUCAGUCCUGUCCCCGCGGCUACUACGCAGACAGACGCCAGUGUGUCCCCUGCCACGAAGACUGUCUGGAGUGUGAUGGCCCCUCAGCGGAUGACUGUGUCCUCUGUGCUGAGUCGUCCUCGGUUCUCUAUGAUGGACGCUGCUUGGAGGAGUGUCCGGCAGGGACUUACUAUGAGAAAGAGACCAAGGAGUGCAGAGAGUGUCACAAGUCUUGCCGGACCUGCUCGUCGCCUGGGACCUGCACCACCUGUUGGGAAGGCCUGGGGGUGGCCAGCCACGGACGCUGUGUGCCUCACAAGGAAUGUGCCCCCGUUGAGUACUGGGAUGAGGCUCUGGGAUGCAAGCCCUGUCAUGCUAAGUGUUUCCGCUGCACCGGGCCCGCAGAGGACCAGUGUCGCACCUGCCCGAGGGACAGCCUUCUUCUCAAUACGACCUGCGUGCAGGACUGCCCCGAGGGCUACUACGCUGAUGAGGACAGCCACCAAUGUGCGCCCUGCCACAGCUCUUGUAGGACAUGUGAAGGGAGACGCAGCACACAGUGCCUCUCCUGCCAACCAAGCUCGUUCCAGCUGGAAAAGGAGUGCCUGCCCCAGUGCAGGGAAGGAUAUUACGCAGAAGAAGCCACCGGACGGUGUGAGAGGUGCAGCAAGAGAUGCAAGGCGUGCCGGGGCCCACGGCCCACCGACUGCCUGUCUUGCGAUACGUUUUUCUUCCUGCUCCGCUCCAAGGGAGAGUGUCAUCGCACCUGCCCAGAGCAUUACUACGCGGAUCAAAACACACGGACGUGUGAGAGAUGCCACCCAACUUGCAGCAAAUGCAGAGGAAAAGGACCGUUGAACUGUUUAUCUUGUGUGUGGAGUUACCACCUAGCGGGAGGAAUCUGCACCUCAGACUGUCUGGUGGGAGAAUACAGAGUGAAAGAGGGGGAGAAGUUUAACUGUGAAAAAUGCCACGAAAGCUGCGUGGAAUGCAAGGGACCCGGCACCAAGAACUGCACUGUGUGCCCCGCCGACCUGGUGCUGCUUAUGGAUGACAGUCGUUGUCUACACUGCUGCAAUACUUCUGACCCCUCCGAUGCCCAGGAGUGCUGUGACUGCCGGGACACCACAGACGAGUGUAUCCUUCAAGCAAGUGAAAUUGGGCCUGCAGGCGAGCGGACCAAGACAGCCCUGUUCAUCACCUCCUCCAUUAUGCUGGUGCUUCUGCUCGGGGCGGCGGUGAUUGUCUGGAAGAAAUCACGGGGCCGAGCCCAGCCAGUAGCAAAAGCCGGCUAUGAGAAGCUGGCCGACCCUGGCAAGUCAUAUGUUUCCUAUAAGAGCAGCCAUCUUGAAAGCACCAGCUUUGAAGAAGAUCAGGUCAUUGAGUACAGGGACCAGGACUAUGAUGAGGAGGAGGAUGAUGACAUUGUCUACAUGGGCCAAGAUGGCACCAUCUACCGGAAAUUUAAGUAUGGGCUGCUGGAUGAUGAUGAGGAUGAGCUGGAAUACGACGAUGAGAGUUACUCCUUCCAGUAGACAGAGCCCUCCCCCGCCUUCGACCCGCCCCAUCCUGUCCCAGGCAUUACAGUUUUGGGGUUUUAGUCCCACACACCAGGCUGAUGUGUGGGUGUUUGUGUCCUCUUAACCCUGAGUCCAGCUAGAGCUAGUAAGAAAUGCUGAAUGAUUGGUUCUUCUUUGGGGUGACUACAUUCAAUCGACCGUAACUGGGGAACAAGGAUAAAAUUCAGAGGGAUUUUCCUCAAAAUAAUAUGUCAAAAUACAGAAGUGAAAAAAAAAAAGUGAGAUUUGUACAAACUGUUUCAUGGGAUUGAAAAAAAAAAGCGGUGGGCCUAUAGGAAUUCUGUUU